AUGCUGGCCCGAUCGAGCCUGCGGGCGGCGCGCUCGGCCAGGAGCAUCUCUUCUCCAACCGUCACGAGUGAUGCGCAGCGCAAUGCCUCGUCUCAGUCCUCCUCCGAGUCGGCGGCGGCGUGGAAGAGCAACGGCCUCCUCGCCUCGUCAACCCUCCUGGCUGUUGGAUCGGUGUCAUGGUACUACUACCAAUUCGGGCGCCCGACGCAGGCCAUGACUCCUGCUGAAGAAGGACUCCAUGCACCAGUGCACCCAUGGGAGCACACCAAACUCUACAAGACGUUCGACCACUCUGCCCUCCGCCGUGGCUUCCAGGUCUACCGCGAGGUCUGCUCCGCCUGCCACUCCCUCCAGCGAUUGCCCUACCGCAAAUUCGUCGGCAGCUUCAUGACCGUGGAUGAGGCCAAGGCAUUGGCAGAGGAGAGCGAGUACGACACCGACCCCAACGACGAGGGUGAGGUGGAGAAGCGCCCUGGCAAGCUGUCCGACUACAUGCUCGCACCCUACAAGAACGACGAGGCGGCGCGGGCUGCGAACAACGGCGCUCUGCCGCCAGAUCUUUCGCUCAUCACCAAGGCCCGCCACGGUGGCUGCGACUACAUCUUCGCCCUCCUCACCGGCUACCCCGAGGAGCCACCAGCGGGUGCGGUCGUUCAGUCCGGUCUGAACUUCAACCCUUAUUUCCCAGGCACCGGCAUCGGCAUGGCGCGCGCGCUCUACGAUGGCUUGGUCGAGUACGAAGACGGAACAUCGGCGACCACCUCGCAGAUGGCAAAGGACGUGGUGGAGUUCCUGAACUGGGCUGCUGAGCCAGAGAUGGACGACCGCAAGCGCAUGGGGUGGAAGGUCAUGGCCGUGACCUCGGUCUUGUUCGGCUUGUCCGUCUGGGUGAAGAGGUACAAAUGGUCCAACGUCAAGACCCGCCGGCUUGCGUACCAGCCCCCACCUCCGAACGCGCAGAAGCAGCCAGGCUCCGUCUUCCGGCGAUGA